CAUUGACGAAGCGUCCCAAAUCGAGAUUGGUGACUACAUUCCACUCCUCACCUCUCACACCUCCAUUAGAAAGGUGUGCUUCAUUGGUGAUGACAAACAGUGUAAGUAUUGCCACCCUAUGGUCAGGAUGAUAUUCAGGACCUGAAGAGCAUCUUCGAGGUCAAGCAUCUCAAGGACCAUGCCAUUUUUUUAAAUACCCAAUACAGGAUGCCCCCUCAAAUUGGAGGGUUCAUCUCUGAAGCUGUGUAUGGUGGCCUACUCGAGUCGAAUCCGCUACACCCCGUCACGAACGAGAGAAUGGCUUGUCAUUUUGUCAACAUUCCCAGCCAGGAACAGCUACAUGGAACUAGCUGGAAGAACGUUGGAGAGUGCCAAACCAUUCUCUGCAUCGCUAACAUGUUACAAGCGAGUAAUAAGCAAUUCCGCAUCAUCACCCCGUAUGACGCUCAGCGGAGUUUGAUUGAGGAGGGUUUAAAGCUGCAGGAGCUCGAUUGGGAGGACAAAUGUUUCAACGUUGACUCGUUUCAAGGCAAUGAGGAAGAUUACAUUGUGAUCUCACUCGUGCGGUCCACGGCGCUCGGAUUCCUCGCCGAUUUGCGCCGGACUAAUGUCAUGCUUAGUCGGUGCAAGAAAGGCAUGAUCAUCUGCACGAGCCAGAAAUUCAUGAAGCGGGCAGGGUGUGACUCACUCGUAGGCAGCCUGUUAGAGUAUUACGAGCACGAGUGGAUUGAGAAGGACGAGUUGGAGAGGAUUGUGGUGUAGGUGGGCUCGUGAAGGUGCUAUUCGAAUGGUCGUUAUCGGACUUGAACAGGGCUUUGAGUGCUUUCGUGAUGAUCGUUAGUUGUACGAUACUUUACUGUUGGUUUGUACGAUAGCUCGCGCGUUUGGUUGUACCUGGAUGAAGGCAUAUUUUUUUUAUUUUUCUUGAGUUGAGGA